UGUGCUGUUUAUCGUGGGAAGCAGAGAUUCUUAGUUAUUUUUGUCAGUUUGUAAAGGAAGUCGGUUAAGGAAGAAAAUGCCCGAACCUGCGAAAUCUGCCCCAGCACCCAAGAAGGGUUCUAAAAAAGCUGUGACGAAGACGCAGAAGAAAGGCGAUAAAAAACGACGCAAAACCAGGAAAGAAAGCUAUGCCAUUUAUGUGUAUAAAGUACUGAAGCAGGUUCAUCCCGAUACCGGCAUUUCAUCUAAAGCAAUGGGCAUUAUGAACUCCUUUGUCAAUGACAUUUUUGAGCGCAUCGCAGGUGAAGCUUCACGCCUUGCCCACUACAACAAGCGGUCUACCAUCACGUCACGUGAGAUCCAGACUGCUGUGCGACUGCUGCUGCCUGGAGAGCUGGCCAAGCACGCCGUGUCUGAGGGUACCAAGGCUGUUACCAAGUACACCAGCUCCAAGUGAACUGACCGUCCAUCUGAUGUCUCAGAUCGGGGACGCCUAAAGGUUGCCCAUCAUUUCAUGACGGAGAAGGUGGCUGUUUUAACAAUGUGUUACCAAGAACAAUGUGUCAACUGGAAAACGUUGUACGCAAGCGUGUUUUGUUCACUCCUAAUUCUAAAUGAAUGCUACAUACUGCGGUUACUUGCUUGCUGACUUUGUGCAAUGUCUUUUCUUAUACGAUCCAAUUCACUUAAUUUAAAGAGAUGCCGCCGUUUAACUGCGACAUACAUUCUUGCAUGCACAUGCAUGCCUGCUGAUGCAAACGCAGUUAAAGCUGUUGGUCUCACGAUUCGUCAUGGAAACCGAACAGUUUUAAUUUUUUUUUUUUGUCUUCCCAACCCUUGCCUUCAGCCCUCAAGACGGCACUAGUUUUCAAAUCUGCCAAUGCCAUUAUUUGUCAAAUGUGCCGUUAUGCAUUAAAUUGUAUGUAUAUAAAUUGUCAUGUCUUAAAUGUUUUUAUUUUCGCUACUGUCAAAUAAAAUGGACCUUUUAAUUGAA